UGAAGGACUAGAUUCAUGGAUUCCUCACUGCAGAAAGAAAGAUUAAUUUUCAGUCGUUUUAAGGCAAUUAAACCUGAUCUAAUUAAAGUGGAUAAAUCAACAAGAUUGCCAAUCUCAUUAAUUCAAAGUAUACCAGAAUUAGAGAAUAAUCCUUUUUCGGAUAGAUUAUGCGAUAUAUUUACUUCAGAAGAAGAUGAUUGUAUGUCUUUCGAAGACUUUUUAGACAUGGCAUCUGUACUUAGCGAAGAAGCACCUUUUCAAACUAAAGUUAAAUAUGCUUUUAAUAUAUUUGAUUUUGAUGAAGAUGGGAUGCUAUCUUCAAACGAUAUAAAGGAACUUGUUGAUAGAUUAACGGGAAGAAAUAAACUAACUGAAGAAGAAAUGAAUCUUUUAAUAGAUAAAGUUUUGGAAGAAGCGGAUUUAGAUCAAGACAGAAUGCUAUCUUUAGCGGAAUUUGAACAUUUGGCUAAGAAAUCACCAGAUUUUACCAAAUCAUUUCAAAUCCAUUUUUGAUAAGAAAAUUGAAUUCCUUUUGAGUCUUCAUUGUUUUGAAUAAGCUGGAAGCUAGAUCAGUUGAUUCACUUAUUUUAAUUCAUUAAUCGAAGCAGAUAUAUCUGCAACUUCCUUUUACUACUGAAUAGCUGUCAGAAAAUUAGAAAAUGUAGUACUUAAUAUACUUAAAAAUCAAAAAUUUUGUAAAUUUUACACUCUAUUUCAAUAUAACU